UCUAUGGGUAAUGAGAUCCUAAGAGACCACACCCACCAAGAGGCGUGGCUCUUAAUCUUUCUAUUUCCGAUCGUGGCUGGAGCUAGGAUUUGCAGGCGGGGUUGGUAAGUGUGGAUGUUAAGAAUUGCCUCCUAGCCGUGAACUCUUCAGCCUCUCCCGCAGUACAGCUCCUUCCAAGGCUCUCAUGAUGAGUCUCCAGUGGGCAGCUGUGGCCACUUUCCUGUACGCUGAAGUCCUCCUUGUCUUCCUCCUGUGCAUACCCUUUAUCUCAGCAACCAGAUGGCAGAAAAUCUUCAAGUCCCGCCUGGUGCGACUGAUGGUGACGUAUGGAAACACCUUCUUUGUUGUGCUCAUAGUCAUCCUUGUCCUGUUGUUCCUUGAUGCCAUUCGUGAGAUUCGGAAAUACGAUGAUGUGACUGAGAAAGUGAACUUGCAGAACAACCCUGGGGCUGUGGAGCAUUUUCACAUGAAGCUCUUCCGAGCCCAACGGAACCUCUAUAUUGCUGGCUUCUCACUGCUGAUGUCAUUCCUGCUGAGACGCCUGGUCACCCUCAUCUCUCAGCAUGCCACCGUCCUGGCUUCGAAUGAAGCCUUCAAGAAACAAGCAGAAGGAGCCAGUGAUGCAGCUAAGAAGUACAUGGAGGAGAAUGACAAGCUGAAGAAGCAGCUGAAGCUGGCAGGAGUAGAUGUAGCAGAUCUGGACACCAAAGGUGUUGAGACAGAGAAAGAGAACAAAGCCCUGCAGGGUGAAGUAAAAAAACUGACGGAUGACUUGGCCUCCACAAAAAAAGCCUUGGAGAAGGCAGAGAACGAGGCCCUGGCUAUGCGCAAACAGGCCGAAGGACUGACCAAGGAGUACGACAGGCUGCUGGAGGAACACUCCAAGCUCCAGGAGGCUUGCGAUGGACCAAGAGACAAGAAAGAAGAAUGAUCCCCCACGUUGGCCAGUCUCCGUCCGUUCCCUGGUUGCUGCACAUUCACUCUUUUAGGGAACCUAGCCGAGCCCCUUCCCCUCACAUUCUGGGUGUGGGUUGGAUGGUCUGCUCCUCCACCAUUAUCCUUUCCUCCCCCUUCCCUGCCCUGCAUCUCCCUGAUGCUAUAGCUGUUGAGUGGACUGCUAUCACUCUUUAUUGUGCUCCUGCUGCCGCCUCCUUCUUUUUUUUGGGGGGGGGGGGACAAAGAGGCUGGCUAUGAACUUAACCAGAACGGUACUGCUGCUUGACUCUUGUAGCCCAGGGGAUUUUUCUUGAGGGUGGAGGAGAAGAGCAGGAGGAAAAGGCCUUCCUUUCUGAGGAGGCAGGUGGCCCUGGGCUACCGGGGCCAGGAGCAUCCUGUAGUGCUGAGGUGAGGGUUGGCUGGCUAUUUCAGCAUGUGCUCUAUUGCUGUCCUGUCAUCUUUUAGCUGUGCCUGCUUCCCCAGACUCUGGGUAGCCCCUCCUGCUUGAUCUAAAGCCUGAAAGAACGUGAGUGGCGCAUGUCUCAGUGUGCUUAUGUGUGCCUGUUGAAAUAAUCUGGCUGUCAUGGGGGAGGCCUACCCUCUGUCCACACCCCUCUGUUAUUUUUUGUUAAGGACAAGGUGACUGUACAAAGCUUCUCAUUAAAACUCUGGUAGAACAACA